AUGGGGAGACCUGACCCAGAAGAAGGGCAGCUCCCGGCUCCUGUGAAGCCCCCGGAUGGUGGCUGGGGCUGGAUCGUGCUCCUUGGCUGCUUUGUGAUCACUGGCUUCUCCUAUGCCUUCCCAAAAGCCGUCAGUGUCUACUUCAAGGAGCUCAUGAAAGAUUUCCAUGUGGGCUACAGUGACACAGCCUGGAUCUCUUCCAUCAUGCUGGCCAUGCUCUAUGGGACAGGUCCAGUAUGCAGCAUCAUGGUGAACCAGUUUGGCUGCCGGCCUGUGAUGCUCAUUGGCGGGCUGCUAGCUUCUGCUGGGAUGAUUCUGGCAUCUUUUACCACCAACAUCAUUGAGCUUUAUCUGACAGCUGGUGUGCUGACAGGUCUGGGUAUGGCACUGAACUUCCAGCCCUCACUGAUCAUGCUGGGCACCUACUUUGACAAGCGUCGGCCUCUGGCCAAUGGACUGGCUGCUGCUGGGAGCCCUGUCUUCCUCUCCUCCCUCUCUCCACUGGGUCAAGUGCUGCUGGAGAAGUUUGGCUGGCGAGGAGGGUUCCUUAUCAUGGGGGGCCUUCUGCUUAACUGCUGCACUUGUGGGGCAGUCAUGAGACCCCUGGAUAUGGGCAUGAAGAGGAAGAUGGGGAAAGCUCAGGACAAAUAUGAAGCCAAGGAGAUGCUGCCCAUAGGAGGGAAGUCAGAGGAGGGGAUCAGCACCACUGAUGGAACCAAGAAAGGCAAGAAAGCCAAGAAGAAGCCCAAGAAAGGAAAGAAGCUUCUGGAUUUUAGUAUCUUCUCCAACCGAGGCUUUAUCAUUUACACCAUCUCAAAGUUCAUCCUGGUCUUGGGUCUCUUCGUGCCCCCCAUAUUGCUGGUCAACUAUGCCAAGGACACAGGCGUUCCGGACACCGAGGCCGCCUUCUUGCUCUCCAUCAUCGGUUUCAUAGACAUCUUUGCCCGCCCAGCCUGUGGCAUGGUGGCAGGGCUGAAGUGGGUCCGUCCUCACGUGGCAUAUCUGUUCAGCUUCUCCAUGCUCUUCAACGGCUUGACAGACAUCUGCAGUGCCAGGGCGAGCAACUACACGGGGCUGGUCAUCUUCUGCGUCUUCUUUGGCAUCUCCUACGGCAUGGUGGGGGCACUGCAGUUCGAGGUGCUGAUGGCCAUCGUCGGCUCCCAGAAGUUCUCCAGCGCCAUCGGGCUGGUCCUGCUGAUCGAGGCUUUUGCCGUGCUCAUCGGCCCACCCUCUGCAGGCCGCCUGGUCGAUGCUCUCAAGAACUACGAGGUGAUCUUCUACCUGGCGGGCUCAGAGGUCGUGCUCUCCGCCCUCUUCCUGGGUGUGGCCAGCUACUGCUGCCUGAACCGAGGGAAGAAGGAGCCUCCCCCAGAGAACAACCCCACUGCGGGAGGGGGGAGCGACACCGAGGAAGCCGAGUCCGACGUGCAGGAAGCCGAGGAGCACAGCAGCGACAACCACCAGCCGGCCCACAGCACUGACAACGCCGUGGCGGUGGCCAACGAGGAGGCCAACCAUGUGGCAGAGGAGCAGCGAGGGGAGGGAGGCGGCUGUCCGGCAGGGGAUGGGGAGGUGCUGGCACGAGAUGGCUGCAACGCUGACCAGAUGGUGGAGAGGGACAGUUUUUAGCCAGGGCAGAGAACAGGGAUGUAUAAAACUGGCCUUGUUUGCAAGCACCUCAGUAUGGGAGGGUAGGUGGGAUGCGGGGAGCAGAAAGUUGGGACAAAGGCAGGUGUAAGAAAUAAGAGGGAAAGGUAUAAGAAUAGCUGGCCCUUAUGUACAUAAGUCCUCAACCUACCCAGUGAUACGUCUGCUUGCAUCCUGCACCCAUGCUGGUACAACACAGGCUCAGAACAGCCCAAACACCAAAAAGAAAAAAAUAAUAAUAAUCUUCCCUCACUUUCAAACCAGCCCUGGAGAAAGUCUUCCGAAGAGGCUGCCAAGGACUUUCCUUUUCCUUCUGCAUUGUCACAACAACACAGAACACAAACAAUUAGAGACUCUUUGUAAUCAGAUCUGGUACACUCUGUUCUGGUGUCAGUGUUUCCUUCCCCCCACUUCCAUGGUCUGGAUAGUGUCAGUCUCUCUGGCAGCACAUUUAGAAGGUCCAGGGGCACCAGCAUAGGGGUAGACACCAGGCUCUCUGCAACACCUCCCUCAGGCACUGCCGAACCAGGAGGCCACCAGUCACAAGCACCUAUGCCUGGCACAUCUUUUGUGGACAGUAAAGCUGGGGCAGUGACACCCGAUGCUGCUUCCCCAAGUAGGGAAGCGCUGUGUAAGAGGCUGCUGCUGAGGUACAAGAAGAAGACACCUAAGAAAGGCUAAUGCCAUUAGGUGUGCAGCUGCAGCACGGAGCCUCGCUGACAGGAAUAGCACCAAGCCAGCUUUAUCUAGGCUCAAGUGAGCCCCGUUGACGUGUGAGGGGAACAACUUGGCCCCUGUGGGGGCGGGGGUUUCAAGACAGGUAAGUAACCACGUCCCAAGCAAUUAUCGACUGAGCAGGAAUGGCACCAGACGUGCCUGUGUUUUCCUCCUAAAUAGAGAAAACCUCCUUACAUAAAGGAAUCAAA